AAGCAUCACCACCACCUCAGCCCGACUUGUGGAGGACAGCCUACCAGUGCAUGUAGGCACAGAGGUCGAAGACAAGGAACUCACCGCCGCAUAUUGUCGCUACACAGCAUCCAUGUAGCUCCUUUCGACUGUGUCAAAGCUUUACAAAUAGUCAAACGAAAGGAAAUUAUGAGUGUAAACAUCUGGGUGCGGCAUACUUUAGAGGAAAAGGGUUCUCUCUGGCGGAGGUCGUGCGCAUUUUUGCCUUUUGUAUUUCCUUGCUGAAUGUCGAGGACAUUUUGGAUUUUUUAAAAAUGUGUCAUUAAUUCUUGCCAUUUGAAGACCGUUUUACUCUUGUCUUCACCUUCGAUUAGUUUGUUCAAAUAAUACCUGGAGGAUAAAACACUCUUCGGUGGGAGAACAACCCGGGACGACAACGUUUAUCAACUUGAGGACGGCUUGCUGAGGAGAAUGCGCGUACUGGGCCAGCUUCGACUUGCUCUUUAAGUGGGCAAUAUUAGCUAGCUGCUAACACUAGCUAAACCUAUUUGAACUGCCGUUAAACAAAACUUUAGCGCUUGCCAAUGCUCUCUCGUGGCAAACUACUUGGACAGUAGCAUCCUGCUCAAAACCUGGACGUCAAUACAUGAGACGGGUGACUCAACGAUAUAUUUGAUAAGCAAAUUGUUGCUGUUGGAUUUAUCAUCUACCAUCCACUGGGAUCCAGGCGCUUGAGUCCUAAAUGACAAGUGCCUGAGGAUGUCCAAGCGGAGCUUGUUUGUUCGUCUGGUGCCGUGCCGCUGCUUGCGGGGUGAGGAGGAGACGGUAACAUCGCUGGACUACUCCCACUGCAGCCUGGAGACUGUUCCUAAGGAGAUCUUUAGCUUUGAGAAGACUCUGCAGGAACUCUACCUCGAUGCCAACCAGAUUGAGGAGCUGCCCAAACAACUGUUUAACUGCCAGUUACUCCACCGACUGAGCAUGCCAGAUAAUGACCUAACUGUGUUGCCAGCAGCAAUCGCAAACCUCAUCAAUCUCAGGGAGCUUGACGUCAGCAAAAACAGCAUCCAGGAGUUUCCAGAGAACAUCAAGAACUGCAAAGUCCUAGCUAUUGUGGAAGCCAGUGUUAAUCCCAUCUCAAAGCUCCCAGAAGGCUUCACCCAGCUACUGAGUCUGACGCAGCUCUACCUGAACGAUGCCUUCCUGGAGUUCUUACCAGCCAGCUUCGGCAGGUUGACUAAACUACAGAUCUUGGAACUGAGGGAAAAUCAGUUAAAGAUGUUGCCAAAAAGCAUGCAGAAGCUCACACAGCUGGAGAGGCUGGACCUGGGGAGUAAUGAGUUCACUGAAGUGCCUGAGGUGUUGGAGCAGCUGACUGGAAUCAAGGAGCUAUGGAUGGACGGGAACAGACUGACGUUUUUACCUGGGAUGCUGGGGAUGCUUAAACAGCUGGUGUACCUGGAUGUGUCUAAGAACAACUUGGAGAUGGUAGAUGAGCAGAUUGCAGGCUGUGAGAGUCUACAGGACCUGCUGAUCUCCAAUAAUGCCCUCACACAGCUACCAGGCUCUAUUGGCUCAUUGAAGAAACUGACGGCGCUGAAAGUGGAUGAGAACCAGCUGAUGUACUUGCCAGACUCCAUCGGAGGGCUGACGUCUCUAGAUGAGCUGGACUGCAGCUUCAAUGAGAUCGAAGCCUUGCCCUCCACCAUCGGUCAGUGUGUCAACAUCCGCACCUUUGCUGCAGAUCACAACUUCCUCACCCAGCUUCCCCCUGAGAUGGGAAACUGGAAGAAUGCAACAGUGCUGUUUCUACAUUCCAACAAGCUGGAGACAUUGCCUGAGGAGAUGGGUGACAUGCAGAAGCUUAAAGUCAUUAAUCUCAGCAACAACAAGUUGAAAAACCUUCCCUACAGUUUCACUAAACUGAACCAGAUGACUGCUAUGUGGCUGUCUGAAAACCAGUCAAAGCCCCUGAUCCCGCUUCAGAAAGAGGAGGAUCCAGAGACGCACAAAACUGUGUUAACCAACUACAUGUUCCCCCAGCAGACCAGGACGGAGGACUACAUUCCAAACUCUGACUCUGAGAGUUUCAAUCCAGCUCUCUGGGAGGAGCAACGCAAGCACCGAGCUCAGGUGGCCUUCGAAUGUGACGAGGACAAGGAUGAAAGAGAAACACCCCCAAGGGAGGGAAACCUGAAACGCUACCCUACACCGUACCCAGACGAGCUCAAGAACAUGGUGAAGACAGCCCAGUCAGUGGCCCACAGGCUGAAGGAGGAUGAGUCAAGUGACGAAUCAGGGAAAGACAAACCAGUGGAGAGGAAUCAUAUCGGAGUGCAGGAUGUGGGAGUUAAGGUGAUUGAGGCCCCAUGUCCCAACGGCAUGACACCAGAGAUGGAACCCCAAGUCUCUGCUCAUACAUUCAUACAAAACCCUUCCACACCUGAAUCAAAAGAUACUUCAGAGUCUUUGAGCUCCCAGAGAGUCCCACUUAAAUCUUCAGAGACCUCUAUGAUGAACCAUGAAGAUACUCUUGAGGACUCGGAGGAACUAUCGGAUGAAGAAGAGGAGAUGAAGAUUGCAGAAAUGAGGCCCCCACUUAUUGAAAUCUCUAUCAACCAGCCUAAAGUAGUGACGUUAAGUAAGGACAAAAAAGAUGAUGGGAAAGACGCCGACUCUUUGUUGGAUGACACAGUGGCCAACAGCAACCAGAACAACAGUAACUGCUCAUCACCUUCACGCAUGUCGGACUCAGUGUCUCUGACCACAGACAGCAGUCAGGACAAUUCUUUGUGCACCCCAGAAAGAGAAGCAAAGAUGUCCUUCCUCUCAAAAAGCCAGCAAGAGGACGAGAAUAUGAACCCACCCAAGGACACCACCCCUCUCCUCCAUAAUGGUAAUGGCUCAGAAACAUCUUUGCAGGCCCUUUUAAAAACCCAGCAAACACAGCCAGAGAAAGUGGGUGACUACGAUCUGUCCAUGGAAGCCAGGCUGGCCUUCAUUGAGAAGGGGAUUAAUAACGGCAUGGGAGACACUUACACCAAGUGGGACCAGAUCAAUAUGAAUGUUUCCAAGCUGCCAACGGAUAACAUGGUUCAGCUGGAUGAGCUGGAUAAAACUAAGAAUGGCCCCAUAGUGCAGGACGAUUUAGAUGGCAAGCAGGGUUUUAAAAAUGACAACAUGGACCAUUUACAGAAUGGAAACCAGCAGGUUGGUGACUGUUUUAAUAGUCUGGGGAACAAGAGCUUAGCAACGAGAGUCGAGACAUCUGCUGUGCAUGUGGCAUCGACGGGUGUGACAGCCAGCAGUGACAUGUCUCUGUCUCGCAGCACAGAGGAGCUGUCUCCAGAGAAAAGGUGCCAUCCCCCACAGGUGAUGAAGUCUCACAGCAUCAGUAACAUAGAAACAGGCGGCAUGAAGCUGUACUCGUUUGAUGUGGAUGGCGACGCCUAUGACACGGCGGCCGUCAGUAGGAUGGCAGGGGCUGGUCCGGGGCCAGGGACCCAGGGCCAAAGUAUAGUCCGGAGCAAGUCAGCUUCAUUACUCAAUGACCAGACUCUCCAGGUCUACCCCAGCUCUUCUGCUUCUUCUUCAGAUCUGCUGUCCUCUUCUAAGCCUCCUGCCAGCACCAGCAGAUACCCAAUCUCUUCCAGCAUGGCCAUGGGCAUCCCUCCCCCUCAGUACAACAUUCAGUACACAAACAGUGCCAUGCCAAAAGAUGGGCUCUGGACCCAGAGGACGCCCAUGCCUCCAGACCAUCAGGGCUACCUCCCUCCUCCUCCGCACUCAUUAGCCAACACCAACUAUUCCAAUCGUAAUCAGGCACCUCCCUACCCCCAGCAGAGGGGUCCUCCCAUAGGUCCUAAACUUCAUCCUACUGGCGGCCAACCGAGGAGCAGCACCCUACAGAGGCAAAGCAGCAGCGCCUCCACUGUCUCCAUGGGUGACCCAAGGCGCAUGCAGGUGCCUGAUGGGGAAUACAUGACAUACAGGGACAUUCACACACUUGCCAGGGGCCCACUGGCAAUGAGCCAGGCCAUGCAGAGGCCUCUGUCGGCUCGCACUUACAGCAUUGAUGUUCCUGGAGCCAGCAGACCUCAGACCACCAGGCCACAGCCCCAUGAGCUCCCAGAGCGGACCAUGUCUGUCAGCGACUUCAACUACCAGCACAGCAGCCCCAGCAAAAGGCCUAACACCAGGGUGAAGUCGGAGCAUUCGCUGCUGGACGGACCUGUUGCUGUGUCAGGAGGAGUUGGAGCAGGAAGGGUGCCAGCUGACUGGAGGGACCAGGUGAUGCGGCAUAUUGAAGCCAAGAAAAUGGAAAAGAACACGCUGUCUCGCUCCUAUAAUUCCAAUAAUGCUCCACUGAGCUGGUCUCACUACGGCAGCUGUAGGGACAUGCAUGCCAGCCAAGGCUCUCUGGUCUUUAGUGCCAGAGACGGACAGCCCUACGGAGCCUUGGGCUUCUGUGAUGAAGUGUUUGUUCCACAAGGGCAGCAGAGCUUCACUAUGGAUCCCCACAGAAAAGUGCCUUUGAUGAACGGUCAGAUGGGCCCUCCUGUUCGUCCCCAGAUGAGCCAGGCGCCCAUGGCCCGCCACCCCUCCAGAGAGCAACUCAUCGAUUAUUUAAUGCUCAAAGUUUCCCAGCAGUCCCAGGGGCCUCCUCGCCUUCCCCACGAUGCACUGCAGCAAGAGCUCCGUGUGAAAGUGGAGAAGAAUCCAGAGCUGGGGUUUAGUAUAUCAGGAGGAGUAGGAGGCCGGGGAAACCCCUUUCGUCCAGAUGAUAAUGGUAUAUUUGUGACAAGGGUUCAACCCGAAGGACCAGCAUCCAAGAUUCUUCAGCCUGGAGAUAAAAUAAUCCAGGCAAAUGGCUACAGCUUUGUGAAUAUCGAUCACGGGAACGCAGUGUCCCUCCUGAAGACAUUUCCAAGCACUGUGGAUUUGAUUAUUGUAAGAGAAAUGCAAGCAUAGACUCUUGUGAGACUGACCUCCAAAGGGGAGGGAGAAGAAAAGAAAACAGAGAAAAUUAUGUGAACUCUUAUUUUUGUACACAAACAGAGACUGGUCUGUUGAUACACGUUGGGACUAUUUAUAGUAGCAAUCUUCAGAGCCUUGAUUCAAUGGGGAAAACCACUGAAUGUAGUGGAUCAACGAGAGACAGACGCAAACAUCUGCAAGUACGAGUCCUCAAAAGGCCAUCACUGUGGUAUAUAUAUUUUUAUACAAAAGAAGCUGAAGGUGUGACCUGCUCUGAUGCAAAUAGUAACUGUGGUCUCUGUACAGAUCAUCUUUUUUUUUUUUUAAUCCAAAACUCAUCCACCCAUUAUCACUUGGUUUUACUUCCACAGAUGGAUGGACAUGAAUCUGACCACUAGAGGGCAGUGUUCCCUCCUCUUUAAUCCAAUUUGCCUUUUUAUUUUCUUCGUCUUUUAAUUUCAGAUGUUGAAACUUUCUGGUCUGCCAAUGCGAUCUUUUACGGAGGACAGUGUUACGUGCUUUUCAUGCGAAGACGAAUGUAGAUCAUGGUGGUGUUUGAUUUUUGUUGUUUUUUUUUGGUUUUCCGGAGAGAUUUUGUCUCAUCCUCGUGAAAGAUCCAAGAGUUGAGAAGAGGAAAUCAUCCACCCCCACCCCCCCACCCGCUUCUAUAAACCCGCAAGCACGUCCGGUCUUCAGUUCAUCCCAAAUAUCUUCACGGCAUCUGCGCGGCAUAUCACCUAAACCUGCGAAUCACAACAAGAAAAGCAUCUGCACGUGAUCAUAUGAUGAGACUGGGAGAACAGAAUGGAAACUCAAAUAUUGGAGAAAUGUGAGAGGAUGACAGAUGCAGCGUGUAUUUGUUUGGCCUUAAUCAGAAGCUUUUUGUUUUUAACCAGAGAAAGAAGUGGUGGUUGUGCUAGUUAACCAAAGCAAGUUUGGGAAAUUGUGGACAGAAAGCAAAUGAAAGAGAUUACAUAAGAAAGCUGUUAUGAUGUGAACAGGUCAGAAAUUCACUUUUUUUUUUUUUUUUUUUUUUUUUUAAGGGCUUCAUCUUUCAGGCGGCCGCUGAAACGACUAUAAUGCGAGGGUUUCAACAUCUUUUGUGUUGUUGUUUUUUUUUUAACAUAGGAGAUGACCACAGUUUGCCUUUGCGUCUAUAACAACGUUUUAUCAUGCUUUUUACUCAUCACUUCGGAGCACUGUCUUAGUUUUAUUUUGUCUUUGCUGUACAGAGAAUCAGAGAGACGGGAGGAACAAAGUUAAGUGCCAUAGACCUUGAACUGUUUGAAAAGGGGAGGAACCUUUGACCCCAGCAUCCAAGCAAUACUCACAUAUUCACAACCCUCCUGAGUACAUUUGCAGCAUAACGGCUUCGAAGCAAUAUUUAAAGCCUUUAUUUUCAUUCAGAAAGACAAAGCAAAACAUCAGAUAGCGUUUUUAAAACACCUUUUAGUAAUCCCGGAUGAUUUUACAUGAUUUUUAUAUUGUGAACAGAAUCUUUUUUUGUAAUGAAACAGCACAGGCAAUAUACAAGAGUAGUGCUUUAGAAAAAAAAGAAAAAAAAAAUGUUUCUCUGCAUUGUGUUAAAGUGAAUGUUUGUGUCACUUUGCCCGAGGGUUAUCACUGAGUCUGUCGCUUAGAAUCUCACAGCUCCUGAUGUUCAUCCAGUUUAUGGCAUCCAAACUGCAUCUCAGAACUUGUCGAGGUAGAAGUGUUUGCAGAUGCAACGUUAGAUGCAUUUGAUGAGUCAUCCUGUUAAUAUUCAUUCACAAAAAAAAAAAAAAAGAGCAAAGCGAGUGAGACGUGUUUCCAAAAUACAUGGAAAUGAUACAAGUAAAUGAAAUCCCCUAUGAAUUUCAGCUGUAAGUCUAAUGGUGCAGCAAAUAACUGCAUUUUCUCUUUCGGCUAAAGGCAUUCCCUCCACAUGCGCAGUCGACUGCACUGCUCAUGUGUCUAAUUAUGUCUGACCCAUAUUUUAUGCUAGCGGCACUGUCGAACCAAAAUGAAAACACUGUGGAAAUUCCUACAUUUUUAUCCCUUUAACAAUAUUGGUAGUUGUGUUUUUGUUAAAGGUAGACGUUUUAACUGAAGCUGAGCCCUUCAUUUUUAGACCGAAGCUGAGAAAGCUCAAAUUGGUCCAUUGUAUUCACACAUGACAAAAAAAACAAAAAAACAAAAACAUGUUUUUCUUAAAUUUUUCACAGAACAUGUUCUAUUUUAAACACAUGAAAUUGUUGUUUAUAUGACUUGUAUUCAUUUUUUUUUGUUUGUGAUUUCUGUUGACUUUUUAAGACUAGGGGUUUAAAAACAAACAAGUUUGGGGUAACGGUCACUUUAUAUACAUGGCAAAAACAUGCAGUCUGAUAAUGUUGACAAUCUAGGGAGAUAAAAACAUGUCACGUUUUCUUCAUCCAUGUCAGUCUGUCUCUUAUGCUCCCACGUUGUUAUUUAUUUAGCAGUCUUAUGUGGAUUUUAGAUGUUACUAAUCAAAUUGUAAAUACUCUAAAAAUCAAGAAAAGAAAUAAUAACAGCAUUAGUGACUUGCGAUUGUAAAACCAGCAAUAAAUUGCAAUGCAGAGGCACCCAUUUUAAUGUAUAGCUAGCGUUUCUAAGGUUUCUCUGACAACAGCCACAGUGAGAUGAUGAUUGAUAUGCAUUUACCCAACAUUCCAGAUUUUGUACAUAAUUAUCUGUUUCUGAAGUAACCUGUGGAAAAUAAACUAAUGCUCUUUAA